AUGCGAUCAUCACUAAACUCAUCGGAUAUACAGUCUGGAGGAGGAGGAACACAACCUCAAAGGACAAGUCAACAAUCAUCAUCACAGCAACAGAACAAUAACAACAACAUUAGUAAUAGUAUAGGUAAUAGUAAUAGUAAUAGUAAUAGUAGUAAUAGUAGUGCGACAACAAUACGAUCAACAUAUCAUGAUAUAUAUGAUAGUGCACAUGGUGAUUAUUUCAUUGUGUCCACAUUGUCAUUUAGAAGAGAUACACAGAUUAUAAGGAUCGAUGGUAGGUGCGGCCUGAUGAUGUAUGAGGGCCUGCCAGGCUUGGAUCUAUUCCCAAAUCAUCGUCAGGCAACAGCCUUCCUACAGAAGAAGUAUAAUCUCAAGUCCAAGGUACGUGUGUCAGCAUUGCUCGGCUACAUCAUUGGCGAGCGUGCCGCCUACCUGCUCGUGGCCAACAAGAUCAGAUCAGAGGGUGAGCUGCUUGGUGUGCAUCCCCUAUUCAUGGUGCAAGAGAGCAGCUGGAUCAAGAUUGAACUGUCCUACUUGUCAUCAUUCACCUCUGCCGCUUCUUCAUCAUCAUCUCGCAACGCCAAUGGCAACAACAGCAACAAUAUUAACAACAUCAACGGUGGUGGACAAGCAUCAUCUUGCGAACCCUUGUCCGCAUCUACAUCAUCAACAAGCGAAGCCUAUUAUGGCACGUCUGAAUUGGGCUCGUCGACCUCGUCUACGGCAUCGAGCCACGGCCACGGCCAUGGCCAGGGACAACAUUCAAUGUCCUCGUCAACAGGUGGCACAGCAGCGACAAAGGAUUCUAGCGAGACUGCGGCCUCUGUACUCAAACAGCUGCAGGCCUACCCACUGGACGGCACACACUUCUUCUGCGAGACCUACGACCUCACCAGCUGUUUCCCCUCACACAAGAACACGCCCUACCAGUACUGCUCAGAAUUCACGUGGAACGAGUGGCUGCGUCGCCCAUUCGACACCUUCUCGCUGUCACAUCUGUGCGUCGUGCUGCUACAGGGCUACGUGUCGAUCAAGUCGGUGGCAUCACAGUCGCUCUCGAUCUGCUACAUCAUGAAGCGUUCAAAGCUCAACCCCGAGACCUACUCCUUUGGACAUGGCAUCAAUGAGCGAGCAGGUGCAGCCAACGAGUAUGAGUGCGAGCUCAUCAUGUGGAAGAUUCAAAAGGCGCAACAGACAUCGACGUCGAUGUCGUCAAACUCCUCCAAUGCGCCCUCCUCAACCGUCAACUGGACAUCGAAUGUUUGGCGACGUGGUACCAUCCCCUUGUGGUGGCGAUCUCGACAGAAGAACCAAAGCACAGAUAUACAGGUCAAGGACAACCCGUUCGAGGGCUCCGAGCAAUACUUUGCCGGCCUACUACAGCACUACCAAUCGAUGUAUGAGCCCAGUAAGAUGUCUCUACCAAACAUCCAUCUGGUCAACCUGUUGCGCGCGGACGACACGCAGGAGGGCCCACUGGCGCAGCUGUACCAGCAAGGUGUCGAGCGCGUCAUGUCACUGAUCAACCUCAAUCUCAACCUCGUCCACUUUGAUUGGGCCCAGUGUCUGAAGAACCAGUCGCUGGCAAAGACUGUUCAGUCGCUGUGGAACACAAUGCGCGAGCUGAUGGACACUGCUGGCUUCUCAAAGGGCGUUGCCAAAGUGGUCAAUGACGACGGCGGCGCCUCGUCGCUUCAGCACGAGACGCACGGUACACCAAACGUGGACUACAGCAUCAACCCGACCGAUCGCAAGCUGGUCUUUGAACAGUUCAGCCAUCAGAAGGAGAUCAUCAAGUACAGCUGUCUCGAGUCAUUGGAGCGUGUCAACAUCGCCACCUAUUUCACUUCGUUCCAACUGGUGGCACUGAUGGGUCGCGCACUGGGCGUCGGCUUCAACGACAUGUUCACAUUCUCCAACAAUGUCACUCUGGACUACAUGAUCAACACACACAAGCAACAUGGUCUCUUCCAGCCUCUCACCGAGUUCUACGCCACCAGCUCUGACGUAUGCAACAUCCUCUACCACCACAACUCAGUUCAGCAGCCCAAGAUCAUGCAAGAGUUCACCAACAGUGUGUCUCUGACAUCAAUGAACCAUCUAUUGUCAUUCCAUCGCAAGUACACAAACACAUAUCAAGAGGAGAAUAGGAACAAGCAGUAUUUGACAUUCCUUGGCUUGCUGGGGUCCAGGUUCUUCCCGUCUAACAUGGGCCUCCAGCUCGAGCGACCUUCUUACACAAUCUCAAUCGCGCCAGUCAGUUGUGUUAGUUCCAUCCCAACGAUACUGGCCAAGAGCAAUCUGAGCCCAUCGAUAUUGGUGCGCGAAAUCGACGACUUUAGUUGGAUAUUCCCAAGCGACACCAACAACACAGACGUCACGAUAUACCUCUCGCAGCCAUGCAUCGUCACCGAGCUCUGCCUGACUGUGGCACAUGGCACCAACAGCGACACGUACCCGCAGGUCAUGGACGUGCUGCUGGGCGACUAUCACAACGACAUGCACGUCGUGCUUCAGGAUGUGGCCAUCCCACGAUGCACGACCGGCACCAAGCUGUCCUACCACCUGCCGUACGGCCCGUGGGAUCAGUACUCUGCGAUCGCCGACGAUCUGCGAAUUACCGCUACGCCCUCCAACCGCUUCUUCAACCGCUUUGUAAAGAUUAUAUUCAAGGGAAACAACCUCCCUCUGACCAUUGGCAAGAUCGAAGUGUUUGGACACUACUCCAACCGCGUAGUCAAGCCUGUUGCCAACGUACACAGGAGCACCGCGGACCAAGUGGCCCGGAUCGAGAGUACCCGACACAGCUCUGUCGAUCGCAACAAUGGCUACGACAACUUCACCAACUUCAUCUUGGACAGCGACGCCGCCGGCACCGAGCACUCCAAGGCUCACGCCAGUAGCAAUGGCGAGUACAGACCGACAUACUCAUCAGAGAGCAUUGGCAAUAUGAAUGGCAAUAGCAAUGGCAACGGCAACUUGUACGACACAAUCAUUGACAAUCAGAUCAACAACAUCCUAUCAAUCUUACAAUGUGAGAAGGGUGUAGACAUCACAGCCGCGACCACAGCAUCUGCCAACCUGACCGCGUCAAACAACUCGACCCAGCUCCAACAACAACAACAGCAACAACUACAACACUCUGGCAAUGGUGCGCCAGAGUCAGCGCCAGAGACGGGCAACAAGAGCCCAGACAUGGGCAGCCCCAAUGAGAUCCUUCUCAUCAGAGACUACAGUGGCGGUCAGACAUUCAUGGAGGAGAUGAACUCGCAAGAGGUUGCCGAGACAUUCAAGAUAUCAUCACACAGGAAGCGUGGCGCCGAAGCCUCCAACACGCCAACUAUGCUCUAUGAGCAGGAGCUACAGACUGUCCUGAAUGGAAGCAGCAGCAGUAGUAGUAGUGGAAGCAACAACAACAGCGCGCACAUUCAACGACUUGGAUUCGUUGAGGCAUUGGAGCUCGAGAUGAGGAGGAUACAGCUCAACGUCACACCGAUGGAGCGUGACAAACUGUUACAGCAACUGGGCAUCCCUUGCAACUCGGUCAAUCCGAUGCGAUUCAUAUUCGAGCGUGAGGAGAAGAUCGAGCACUCUAUCAGGAAGAACACCAAGAACAAGCAGUCGUCCAGCUGGACGUGCCAGAGGCCGCAGUGUGGCAAGGAGCUUGGAUACUUUGACAAGUUCCGUCACAAGCAGUGCAACUAUUGCUACAAGCGCUUCUGUCCGUCGUGCAUGUCGGCCGCCACGGUCAAGAUCAUCGAGUACGAGAGCACAAAGCCGAUCGCCGUCUGCAACAACUGCUCGAUGAUCAUCGCCAAGCAGGAAUCGUACCUGAAGCGCAUGGCGGAAGCCAACAACAUCUACUACAAGGAUCUGGCCAGCUUCAACCUCACAUUCUACCAGAGGGUGUUGCACCAGCUCCAACAGAACACCUCGUCGCAGCCCAACCACUCGUUCGACUCAUUGUACAAGACGCUGAUCCCGCUAUCCGAGUAUCCCAAGAGUGGCAUCCUCAACUCAGUGCCAACGGACAUCAACUCGCCACCAAUCGAAACGAUACUGUUGCCACCUGGCGUGCUGCCAUUCACCAUGUUCUGGUACGCCCCACCCAAUGUCAACUCGGUGGACGUCAACAUAGUGCUGGCCUAUGACUCGCAAGUCUACUCGAUCACACUACUUGUCGACUCGCUCGGCUACUACAACUACAACGUGCCAUCAGUCGACAUCAAGAUUGGCAAGAAUCUCUGUCAGAGCGACAUGGAGUCUGUUGGACCAUGGGUGUUCCAACCAAAUGGAUGGAGUUCCAAUCCAAGCCAAAUCAUCCAACCUCAAUCCUGUAUUUCAUAUAUUCUUCCACAGCCACGCCAGGCAAGAGUGAUCUCACUGCGAUUCACUCUGCCCAACCUUCCAACAUUCCUGACCUACGAUAACAGCGAGCCAGUCAAACCAUUCCUUCAUCUAGGACGCAUAGCAGUGCAUGGAUACUACAACGACUCAUUGAGUGAGGUUCCAUCGUUCCUCUCAUCGUCAAUCCCCCUCGAGGCAAGCGACAAAGAGCUUUAUGAGAAUACCUUGUACUCGGUAUCAUCGGUGACGCCCAAGCGCAAUCCCAUUCACCUGUCCAAGAUUAUCACAGCACAAAAGUCUGCAAGGACCAUCCACAUCAGCAUCGAUUCGACCGUCACAGUCAAGGGCGUGAGCAUCAUCAUCUCGCACGACGACAACGAAGGUGUGCGAUCCCAAGUGAAAGGAAUCACCAUCAGCUGUGUCAUUGUCAAUCAGAAGAAUGAGCUACUGUCACAUCAAUUCUUGUCUCAGAUACUUGUACCCAAGAGCCGACUGAACAGCACGCUCUACUUUGACCUCCCCAACAUCCCACCUUCGAUCAACCUAUUAUCAUUCGAGUUCACCUCCAACUAUGGAGGAACAGUCCUGUCAAUACCCAAAGUAAACCUCUAUUAA